CUGUGCUGAUCUCCCCCCUCCCUUAGAUUUCCCCUUUCUUCCGCUCGCCUCUCCCUCCCACCUCGAAUAGAGCCUCAGAUACGCAAACAAACAUUUCUUCCAUUCGAUCCACAUGCUUGCCCUUCUUCAGAUUGGCACAGUUACUUCUGUGAUAUCAUGCUUGGAUUCAGAACAUGUUAAUUAAUUUUGACUACGCUGUGAUCAAUUUUAGAUCCUCAUAGAACUAUCUCUGUUGUUUUGAUGAUCCCCUGUCUAAAUAGUAAUCAUUCUGUACUAUAUUUAAGCAAAGUUAUGCGGUUUAGGUCAUAAUUACGGGUUUCAGAUAGGAUUUGAAGAGUCUUCGGUAGUAGUAACCCUAGAAAACUUAUUCCCCCAUCUUGUUGUCCUGGUUAAAUGUAGCAUUGAGAUGGACACAAUCAUAUCAUGUCACAUUUGACCUACACAACUUUAGGGUUUAAAACCGAAGCUCCCUUUUUUCAUCAACAUCGUGGCUACUAUGAUAACUAUGGCUAAACAUUACCAUAUGAGCAGCUUGCCUAGGGAUGGAGAUUAGGCUACCAUGCGCACCUCCUCCUUCCAGGGCUCAUAACAUGAAAAAACUCUUACCUUCUUGGACCGUUCUGGAUAUUGCUCUCUGAUUCUUGAAAUAAACCAUCAAUCCAUUUUCAUUGGAUCAGUGCAUAUGUUGAAUGAGAAGGUAUUAUCAUGUUGGUAGCACAAAGUGAGGGCUCAGAAGGAGUGCAGAGUCAUGUGUAGCAAUUCUUCAUCCAAUUCUGAAAGAAAAAACUAUAACAAUGCUGACACUAGCACUUUAAUGUUUAAUGCCAGUAUGAAGAGAUCCUUUAAAUUAUAACCACUUUUAAAUUUACUUUUUUGAGGUUGGUCAAAAUCUCCUGUGUGUGUCAAAAUGGAAGCUUGCUGUAAAUUCAGAUAUUUAUGUAUUCUGAUGUCUUUUUUAUGUCCAGAAUGAAAUGUUCGCUAAUUUAAUUACCUGAUGUAAUUAAAUUUUUUGUUAGGUUGUAAUAGUUUGUAAUUAUUUGAUUGAUUAUGAAAUCGGAUAUUGGUGAGGUUGGUUUAUCUAAGUCAAAAAUAUUUUUUGAGAACAUUCAUAUGAGGGAAUUAACACAAACUUUCUGUAGAGGGGCUUUCCGAUCGUACUAUUUUAAUCUUGGUUUUUAUAUAUUCUGGAUAUCUUGUCUGAAUUUCUGAUGUGGAACUAACACAGCAAACAUGGAUCUUAUAAAUUUUCCAUGUGGAUAUUCAAAUCAUCCUGCUUAUCCACCUAUUGUUGGCUCAUAAUUAACGGUCUUCUAGCUUUUCACAAACUCAUUUUAUCUAACUGUUAACUGGGUGAAUAGUUACUGCUUUUACAAUUCUAUUUAUAAAAGCAUUUUAUUUUAUUGAGAGUAAUAAUUUAGAUCUCCUUGCUCUUGUUCAAAAUGUUGUAAAUGCCUCUUUCAUUCUUAUGAUUUUCUUUGCUAUAGUGUUUGAUAACUCAUGAGUGUAUAGUUACACUUGUUGGUUUAGAUGCCCUAUUGCACGUGGUUAAUCAUUUGACAUACAUUGGCAGCACUUUCCUGCCAUUCAGACUGUAACCUAAUCAUAUGCUGUAUAAACUCCACUAUGCUAAGUGCCAACAGAUUACGAAUAUGAGGAUACUAAUGUUUGAGAUUGAUCACAAACUGUACCUUGUUAUCAUUGCUUGUUGUGUGUGAGGUUCUUUCUUCUCAAGCAUGGUUUUGCGUUUCGGGGAGUUCUGGGGAGUUUUUACCAUGCGGUCCCUUAUCAACAUGGAGGUCUUUGCUGUGCCAAGGUACAAUGGAAAUAUUACUGCUGAAGGCACUGCUUGAUAGCAUCACAAAGUUUGGUCAUGUAUCUUCUAGCAGCAAUGUAAAGCCUGCGCUGGUUCAAAAAUACUGUCAAAUAAUUGAUCAGAUCCUCGAGCAUUUCAAAUCUGUGUGUGAUGAAAUUGCUGCUUCUGAGAUAUCAUUGGAUGAACAGUUGGUCAAGGGGCUGGGAGAACUAGAUGCUUUAGCCAAUGAAGCUAGGGAACUUGUUAUGAGCUGGUAUCCAAUGAUGAGCAAAAUCUAUUUUGUUCUACAAAUAGAAACAAUUGUUAUGAAGAUUUGUACAUCUGCUUUCAGAAUAUGUCAACUGGUUACUUCUCUGCUUCAAUCUCCAAUAGAUAGUGCCACUGCAAAAUGCAUAGAGGAAAUUGAAUACAUGAAUAAGGAACAGAUAUCUGUUAUCAUUGAAAAAGCCAUAAGAGAUCAAACAGAAAAAGAUAUGCCUAGAUCUGAGCAUUUGGAUAUGAUUUCAAACUCUUUGAGCUUGUCAUCUAAUCAUGAAUUGCUUGCGGAGGUUGUUGCACUCGAGAAACUUAAAGUGGAGGUUGGCUGCAGUGAGAACCAGGCAGAAAUGGAGAACAUUGAUCACAUGAUUGCCCUUAUCACUUAUAUGCAUGAUUGCCUUGUUAAAGUAAAGCAGUUGCAUAGUAUUAAUGGUGUGCCUAUUCCUGCUGACUUCUGCUGCCCACUUUCAUUAGAACUGAUGUCUGACCCAGUAAUUGUGGCUUCCGGUCAAACAUAUGAGCGGGCUUUCAUCUGGAAAUGGCUUGAUCAAGGUUUCAAUGUUUGUCCUAGGACCCGUCAGACACUUGGGCACACCAAUUUGAUUCCAAAUUAUACUGUUAAAGCGUUAAUUGCUAACUGGUGUGAGUCGAACAACAUUAAGCUUCCUGAUCCAAUGAAGUCCACGAGUUUGAAUCUUCAUUCUUCUUUCCUAAAGCCCACAGAUGCAAAUAUAAAUGACUUUGUAACUCAUUCUGCGCAUGCCACAAGAAACCAUUCAAGGUCUUCAGAAUCUCAUGCGAGAUUGGUGACUUCACAAACCGACUUGCAUGCCUCCAAUGGAGUGCACCAAGUGACUUAUCUAAAUGAGAAGCCUGUAUCUUCUCCACAUCAUUCUUCCUCUGGGUCAUUGCCUGUGCAAAUUGCAAAUGGAUCCGAGGCAAAUGUUCCAAGAUUGUCUCUAGAAAGUGCUGAAGGCAACAACGAAUCUAGCAUGGAUCAGAGGCUUGUGAGUUCCAACAACCAAACUGUCAACCAACCAAAACAGGAUUCAGAGCCCUUUUCAGCUGCUGAGCAAUUUCCAGGACAUAACUGGACUGACUCUGCUUCACUGGCCGUUUCAAGUAUAAACCAUCUUCAAGGACCUGAGGAUGCUAAUUUGGUUUCACGGGUUUCAAGUGAUCUGACACAUUGCAGCAGUGAUGCCAUGGGAGAAAUUGCACAGGACAGUGCCUCCUCCACUUCCCAAAGAGAAUCUGAGUUCCCAUCAGCAUUGGAGGAUGCUCGUUUUAGAAGCCAAAGUCUUUGGCGACGACCAUCUGCGCCUCGUAUCAUUUCUUCUCAGUUCAUGGAUUCUAGGCCUGAUAUAUCAGGUGUUGAAGCUCAAGUUCGUAAGCUGAUUGAGGAUUUGAAGAGUGAAUCCCUGGAUCUGCAGAUAACCGCCACAGAAGAACUGCGCCUUCUUGCCAAACACAACAUGGAAAACAGGAUUGUGAUUGCAAACUGUGGAGUUAUUAGCUUGUUGGUUGACCUGCUUCAUUCAACAGAGUCCAAGAUUCAAGAAAAUGCUGUAACAGCCCUUUUAAAUUUGUCAAUAAAUGACAACAAUAAGAUUGCCAUUGCAAAUGCUGGUGCCGUAGAUCCUCUGAUUUAUGUGCUUGAGACAGGCAACUCUGAGGCAAAAGAGAAUUCGGCAGCAACAUUAUUUAGCCUUUCAGUAAUUGAAGAAAAUAAGGUUCGCAUUGGCCGGUCUCGUGCUAUCAAACCAUUGGUAGAAUUAUUAGCAAAUGGGACUCCUCGAGGAAAGAAAGAUGCAGCAACAGCAUUAUUUAAUCUGUCAAUAUUUCAUGAAAACAAGUUACGGAUUGUGCAGGCUGGAGCUGUGAGACACUUAGUGGAACUGAUGGAUCCAGCAGCUGGUAUGGUUGACAAGGCUGUGGCUGUUUUGGCAAACCUUGCAACAAUACCAGAAGGGAGAAAUGCGAUUGGUCAAGCUGGUGGCAUCCCAGUACUUGUGGAGGUUGUUGAAUUGGGGUCUGCACGAGGAAAAGAAAAUGCUGCUGCAGCUUUGCUUCAGUUAUGUACGAAUAGUGGUAGAUUUUGUAGUCUAGUUCUUCAAGAAGGUGCUGUGCCCCCACUGGUAGCGUUGUCACAGUCUGGCACUCCACGAGCUAAAGAGAAGGCUCAGGCUCUUCUAAGCUAUUUCCGAAACCAACGGCAUGGUGGUGCUGGGAGGAGAUGAUCACCUAGGUUUAGGUUUCUCAGUUCUAUGUAAUUAUCACGACUGUCGUCAGAGUUUCCUAGCAUUUUGAUGCGUUGAAGAUUUGUCGGGUUGUUUUCCUGUAUAAAAAAAAAAGACUGAUCUGUACAGCGUUCCUCGGCGUCAGUUGAUUCUUUUCUCGUUGCAGUAUUGCUGUCUGUACGGGUUUAUUUCAUGUAUCACAUAUAGUGAUCUCUUUUCUGUAA